AUGGAUCGGCCUCCACCCUGUAAGUUUUAUCAAAGCGGUUUCUGCGCCAAGGGCGAUGAUUGUCCCUUCUCCCAUCCCAUUCAGCGUUGUCGUUCCUUCACCCAAGAUGGUUUUUGUCCCUACGGUGUUCACUGUCACUACUGGCAUGACUUUAAAAACUUCGCUCUGACCGCGUCUACAAAUACGCCUGUUCAGAAGGUUUGUCGAUUCUUUCUUAACGGUCAAUGCAACUAUGGCGAUGCCUGUGCUUAUUCCCACCAACUUGAUGACGUUGAAGCACCCAAUCAAAUUACUCUUACUGAGUAUCGACUCCAGCAACAGAUGGCACAACUUUCGGCACCUAAUCCUCUCAUAUCAGUGUCUCCCCAGUCAUCAACUGCGCAAGUUCUUUCCUCAACGAAUUCUUCCCGACUUGCAGUUGCUAGACCCUCUGCACGACUAGAGCAGGCUUAUCGCUCUGCUUUGCAGCCGGGAGAUUUGGAAAAAAUGCGGGAUCUCGAGGUGGACCGUCUCUUGAAGCGAUUCCCACCAAGUCAAUUAAAACAGACCUCGUGUAAUAAUGAUGGAGUUAGAGCUUUUUCCCUCAUCUUUUCUUCUACAGACCCAGAAUGGUUACACAAAGUAAAACAGAUACUGCUUUUCAUUUCUCUUCCGGCUCAGUAUCCAUCUUCUCCGCCAAUUCUGAAUGUUCCAAAAACAUCUGAUAUCCCGAACGUUGUUACGGCGUUUCCUUGUUGUCAACGCGCUUUCCCUUGCGACAAUUGUCAUGAUGAGGAGGUGGCAGGAGCUCACGAAACCCUACACGCCACGCGAAUCAUCUGUGGCUUCUGCUCCACCGAGCAGCCGGAGGUGACCACCUCGCCAAUGGUCGUCUGUUCGGCCUGUCAGCGCAACUUGACCUCGGCAGGUGCGACCAAUCAUUGGGAGGGUGGACGCGGCUGUAGAGAUCCUGUGAAGAUGUCGCGCAAGGACAAUCGAAAACAUCGCAUCAGACGUUGA